GGUCUCUCGGGAAAAUUCUGUGGCGACCCGUCGCCAUUAGUGCAAGCGCGUAAAACUAUAUUUUUGGAACAAAUUACAUUGAUACAGUCACACUGUCAGGGAUAAUUUCAUCAUCGGCUUGGCUAAGUCUUGGCCUGAUCGAGAAGGAGCUUCAUCUUGGGGGUCUUGGCCCCGCGUGGCGAAUUCUCGUCCUCUUUCCUCAAAGCCUUUCUAACUUGAGACGCCGAAAUCGUGUCUCUUGUUUUUUUUCCCCUCUGGAUUAUUUUGUCGUAAAGAUGUCGCCGUGAUGGGUUGUCCGCGUUUGAGCGAUAUGAAUCAGGGCCUUUGCCGCCUGACUCGCACUCAUUACAGCCCACUUUCUUCCUUAGUUUUUUCGUUUUAUGCUCGAGGGCUCCGCAGCUCUCAGCUCGAAGCUUGGCCUCGUUCACUGCACGGAAACAAACAUGGAGAAGAAUCCGAACAACAACAACAACAGCAGCAGCAAUACCAAGGUUCCACCUCGUUCCAACUCCUCUGGUCCAAGCUCGGGGGAGUCUAAACCCAAAGCAGAAGGUAAGAAUAAUGGAGGUGCUAAGCGGUAUAGCCGCAAGCGGGAGCCCUCCUUUCCCAAAGCAGAAAACUUUUCUGGCCUGCGUCGCACCAAUCCACAGAAAAACAAGAAUUUUGACAAGAGACCCCCCCAGAGAGGUGGAGGACGCCAAUAUGGUAUUGCAGGUGGAGGACGACGUGAGGAGGUAGCAGAGACGCGCCGGGCAGAGUUUAGCCCGGCUCAGUUUGCUGGACCGAAAAAAAUAAGCCUGAACCACCUGUUGAACUUCACCUUUGAACCUCGUGGAGGUAGUGGGGCUGUCGGAGAUGGAGGUUACUCAUGUUGGGGACGCCGAAAUAAAUGGGGUCAUAAACACAAGCCCUUUAACAAGGAGCUUUUCCUGCAGGCCAAUUGCCAGUUUGUGGUGACUGAUGACCAGGACUACAAGGCUCACUUCACUGAUCCAGAUACUCUGGUCAACUGGGACUGUGUGCAGCAAGUGCGAAUCUACAGUCAUGAGGUUCCGUCUUGCCCCAUCUGCCUCUACCCACCUGUGGCAGCUCGCAUUACACGCUGUGGGCACAUCUUCUGCUGGCCUUGCAUUCUGCACUACCAGUCUUUAAGUGACAAGACUUGGUCAAAGUGCCCAAUAUGCUAUGAGGCUGUUCACACAGUGGACUUGAAGAGUGUGGUUGCUAUGGAGACCAGGCAGUAUUUGGUUGGUGACAUAAUAACCAUGCGCCUCAUGCGGAGAGAAAAGGGAGUUGUGGUGGCCAUGCCAAGCUCUCAGUGGGUGAAAGUAGAGGAGCCUGUACGAUUUGGAGACGUUUCUUUGAGUCCUUAUUCCAAGCUGCUGCUAACCUCCUCCACCCAAGUCCUUAGCCUGGUGGCAGAGGAGAAGGCAGUUCUUCAGGCUCAGCUAAGCCAGGAAGAGGAUGGUCAAGGCUGCUUUAUUCAGAGUGCUCUUUGCCAUUUGCAGGAGCUGGAGGAAAUGAUAAAGCAGCAGCAGCCGCCAAAUGCAGACAACCGCCUUGAGUUGUCUUCUUUCGCUCUUAAGAAACCUGCUUCUCCUGUAGAUGGAGUGAUGGCCAGUAACAGCUUUUCCAAGUCUGUGCUACAGUACUCAUCUGCGUUUGAUGAAGUGGAAGAAGUUUCCACUGAAGAGUUUACGGCAUGUCCUAAAGAUGCUUUGGAAAGUGUGAUUGAGGAGCCUCCUGAUGCUGUGUUAAAUUCAGCACCGCAACCCCUUUCUGAUGAGGAAAAAACUACUAAAGAGGCAGAGCCAGGUCACACUCAAACUAGCCAGGUGCACGGACCCUUCUAUUAUUUCUACCAAGCUGAGGACUGCCAGCAGAUGUUCUUGCAUCCUGUGAAUGUACGUUGUUUGUUGAGGGAAUAUGGGAGCUUGGAGGCCAGCCCAGACUCCAUCACUGCCACAGUGGUGGAGAUUGAGGGACACACAGUCACAGAGGAGAUCCGCCGUCGCCAUCGUUAUCUGUCUCAUCUGCCACUCACCUGUGAGUUCAGUAUCUGUGAGUUAUCUUUGCAGCCACCAAUUCUGUCCAAGGAAACCAUGGACACAUUUGAAGAUGAAUUGGAGAAAAGAAAGCGCCUGAGACAGAAGAAAGCAAGAGAUGAGAAGCGUAGAGAGAAACGCAUUGAAAUUGAAGAGAACAAGAAGCAGGGUAAAUAUCCCGAGGUGCACAUUGGACUAGAGAACCUUCAACAUUUCCCGGCCUUCGGUUCCCCUCCUCUCAGCAGCAAUCCCCUGGUCCAUUCUGAUUUGACUUCAGUUCCUCUGUCUCCCCUUAGCAGCAGUCCUUCCUCUGUUGGAAUGACAUUCCCAAGUCUGAAUGGACAAAGCUCUCCUAGUGUGGGAAGUGUUGAGGAGGACUCUCACGGCAUGUCUUUUGCACAGAUGUUGAGAGAUGGGAAAGCUCGAGCUGAUGGGCCUCGAAUCACCACACAGAAAGGUACCCUGUUACCGCCGCCAGCACCAGACAGUGACGGAGAGAGUGAUGGGUCAGACCGUGUUCCGGUGCCUAAUUUUCAGAACUCUUUCAGCCAAGCAUUUGAGAAGGCACUUCUGGAGUUGGACUAUCCAGAAUGUUCUCCACAACCCGUGGUUGUCUCAGAUGAGAGGGGAGGAAAGAAGAAAAAGAAGAAACAGAAACUUCUCUUCAGCACAUCCAUGGUUCACACAAAGUAGACGCUAAAUUAAUGUAGUUUGGUUUCUCGGAUAACUUCUUUAAUUUUCCUGCAAACCUCUCUGGAAGUUCUAAAUUUUGGGAAAAAAUUUAAGUACACCCAAAUGUUAUACUGUGUUGGUUAUUGUAGUCACCAAGAUUGUGUUUUCCCAGUUCUUUUAUUUACAUUUUGUGCAAAUUCCUUUGGGUGCUGUGUGGAAAUGAGGUUGUGUUACUAACAUUGGAUGAGAUAAAUUUGGGGUGCUUUAUGAUAUGAAUUGCAGUCAGCCAGCUGCAGGUACAUUGCACCUUGAAAUCUUUCCAGGAUUCUCAGUCCUCAGAUGUACCAGAGCUAGUACACUCAUCAAACAAGCAAGAUUUUCCCUUGAAGUACAUUUGGGUUUAGACUAUUGGUCAAGUAUUUUGUGACCAUUUGUAAACACGCCCAGUGUGUGGAGUGGUAAUAGUUUUGGAAUAAUGAGAUUAUUUCUUAUAGUUCAGCAAAGCUCCAUCAUAAUUUUGCAGUAAACCAUAAUUAAUGCACAUAACUCUUAUUUCUUUCCUGUUUGUUGACUUUUGUUCAGAAUAUUGAUUUAGGUUUCAAUGUUGCAAUUGUGUGAAGCUGGAGAAUGCUGAUUUGAACAGUCCUGGAUUCACCUUUAUUUUGAGCAAAUGCAUAGUCGUAUGAAAUGAAUAAACAAGUAUGCACAAUCAAAA